AUGUCUUCUUUACCAACAAGUAUCCCCGUAGGCUCAUGGGUUCUCGUCACGGGUGCCAGUGGCUUCCUCGCUUCUCACAUCAUUUUGCAAUUCCUAGACCGAGGCUUCCGCGUCCGAGGCACAGUUCGAGAUGUCCAACAGUGUCAAUGGCUUCUUGAAGGUCGCUUCAAGAAAUACGCCGAAAACGGCGUCCUCGAGCUUGUUGCCGUCCCCGAUUUCAGCAUUGACGGCGCCUACGACCAAGCUAUCAAGGGCGUUGCAGCUAUCCUGCACACUGCCUACGUUACCAGCAUCGUGCCAGACCCGAGCGAAGUAAUCACCCCGAUGGUAGCUAGCGUUUGUUCCAUUAUACACUCCGCUAUCAAAGAAUCCUCCGUCAAACAGAUCGUAUUUACCAGCAGUGCCAUGGCCACCACUCCGCUCACACAGGAUAUCGACAACGGAACUGUGACUCGAGACUCUUGGAACGAUGCAGUUCUCGAGGCUGCUUGGGCACCCCCGCCGUAUGGCAUGGCUCAUGCCAUGGCGAAUUAUCCUGCUAGCAAAGUCGCUGCCGAGAAGGAAGUUUGGAGACUAGUCGGGGAGAAACAAUUGCCUUUUACUGUCAACGUGGUAUCACCUGCUGGGUUGAUAGGGGAGCCGUUGAACAGUAAACAUAUUGGGGGACAAGCCAACUGGAUUGUGCAUGUUUAUAGAGGGAAUAAGGGGGUGAUGGAUAUGAUGCAAGCUUCAUUCUACGCGGACGUCAAAGACGUAGCAUUAAUCCACAUCGCCGCCAUCCUGGAUCCUGAUAUCAAGAAUGCACGUCUGCAGAGUUGGGGCCACAAAGUGCACUGGAACGAUGUCCUGGCUAUUCUGCGCAAAUUUCGUCCUCAGAAGAAGUUCGUGGACGAUUAUCCGGAGUCUUAUCAUUUGAGAGUGGAGGUUGAUCAGUCCGAGUCGUUGAAGCUGUUGAAGACAUGGGGUGAGAGGGAUGGGUGGACGGCUUUGGAGAAUGCGGUGGUUGAGAAUGUUGAUAAUGCGUUUUUGAGUGAUUAG